AUGAAACUUGCAGCAAAUCAAAAACUUAUAUGCACUGAAUUACCACCAAAUGUUAAUUCCAAUGGUAUUUGGGAGAAUCUAAAAUCUCCUCCAGUUUUUGAGUAUCAAUUGCCAUUGUUACAGUUGCAGAUUCUUCUAAUUUUCUCUAUCACCCAAGGUUGUCAUUUGAUUCUCAAGCAUUUUGGGAUCCCUGUAAUCGUCUCACAAAUUCUUGCUGGGAUAAUUCUUGGUCCUUCUUUACUUGGAAGCAACACCAAAUUCAAAGAAACUGUAUUUACGAUUGAAAGCCAAGAUAUAUUAGGCACAAUAGCCAGUUUAGGUUACACGUUGUUCAUCUUUCUAUGUGGGGUGAAGAUGGAUUUAAGUAUGAUAUCUAAAACAGGAAGAAAAGCUUGUGGGAUUGGUUUUUUAUCUGUGACUGUGCCUUUGGUUCUUGGCCUUGGAAUUGAAGUAGCCUUGGAAAAAUCUUGGUUAGGAAAAGAUUUACCAGAUAAACUUUACAUAGUAACAUCAGUACUUUGUGCAACUCCAUUCGCAGUUGUCGCAACCCUUUUGAGCGAUCUCGAGAUUCUAAAUUCAGAACUUGGUCGAUUAGGAUUAUCUGCUGCUAUGAUUGGUGAAAUGGGUACAGUUGGACUUUUUACUUUAGCAACUUUAAUUACAGUGGUAAAAGUGAUUUCCGUUGGGAUGGCUUUUAGAACCCUAGUUUCUAUUCUUGCUUAUGUUAUUCUUGCCAUUUUCAUCAUUCGACCUGCGAUGUUUUGGAUUGUGCGACAAACACCAAAAGGAAGACCAGUUAAGGAUAUAUACAUCAUUAUGAUUGUUAUAAUGUUUUUUGUAAGUGGAAUUUUGUCCAACUCAUUUGGCCAACAGAUUUACUUUGGACCUUUUAUUCUUGGUUUGGCUGUACCAGAUGGACCGCCAUUAGGAUCUGCUGUUGUAGAGAAACUUGAUUGUAUAGUUUCAGGAAUUUUUCUACCACUAUUUGUUACUACAUCAGCUAUGAGAGCUAAGUUUGGAAGUCUUACGAUGAACAAAAAUUUGCUGACAGUUGAAGCAAUUCUAAUCUUUGUGACUUUGAUUGCAAAAAUACUGUCAUGUCUCGCAGCUUCAGUUUAUUGUAAAAUGCCUUUGAAUGAUUCUUUUGCACUAGCCCUCAUCAUGAGCUGCAAAGGCAUCGUAGAGUUGGCAACUUAUAAUACUUUAAGAGAUAGUCAGGAUAUUAAUGAAACCACUUUUACUUUGCUACUCACAGGCGUUCUAGUCACGGCAAGUAUUUUUCCUGUCAUUGUGAGAAAACUUUAUGACCCAUCAAGGAAAUAUGCUGGUUAUCAGAAAAGAAACAUCAUGAAUUUAAAACCGGACUCAGAAUUACGUAUUCUGAUGUGUCUUCAUAGUCCUGAUGAUAUCACUUCCGCAAUUAAUCUUCUUGAUGCCUCAGGUCCAACCCGUGAUAGCCCUAUGACUGUUACUAUUCUUCACCUUAUAAAGCUAAUUGGCCGAGCUUAUCCAAUCUUUAUAUCCCAUAACAUUCAGAUCAAAAGACAUUGCUUCUCUGAUAAUAUCAUAGUCUCAUUUAAUCAAUACCAACAAAGGAAAAUGGGAGCUGUAUCAGUAAACACAUUCACAGCAGUUUCUCCACCAAAAUUAAUGCAUGAAGAUAUAUGCACACUUGCAUUAGACAAACUUACAUCCCUUAUAGUCCUUCCAUUCCAUCGAAAUUGGUCUAUUGAUGGUAGUCUCGUUUCAGAAGAUAUAUCCAUUAGAGCCCUUAACUAUAAUAUCCUAGAACGAGCUCCUUGCUCUGUGGGAAUCUUGGUUAACCGCGGUAAUCUUAGACGAACAAAACAAUCAGAGCAUUCACGGGUUGCUAUCAUUUUCUUAGGAGGAAAUGAUGAUAGAGAAGCAUUGGCAUUUGCUAAACGUAUGAGUAAUGGCUCUAACAUUACCAUGACAAUUGUUCGACUCAUCGCGAAAGAGGAGGAUCAAAGUAGUCUAGUAACUUGGGAACAAAUUCUUGAUUCUGAGGCAUUGAAGGAUCUUAAACCUAAUGGUAUUACAAAUCAAGAUGUUAAAUUUAUACAAGUAGAGGUGAAAGAUGGACCUCAAACUGCAUAUUUGUUAAGAGAAAUGGCUAAUCAGUAUGAUCUUAUUAUAGUGGGUAGACGCAAUGGCGUAGAAUGUGCACAAACAAGCGGACUUUCUCAAUGGAGUGAAUUUCCUGAAUUGGGUGUUAUAGGAGAUUUACUAGCUUCAAGUGAUCUUAAUGGCAAGGCUUCAAUCUUAGUUGUACAGCAACAACAACAAUUAACUUAG